CCAUGGCAGCGGGAGCCGCGGCCCGCGCCGCCGGGCCUCUGGGAGCAGCCUCCGCGGGAAGAGGGGACAGGGUUCUGUCCUGGGAGGAUGGAGGACGACGAGCAGGAGGGGGACGAGCACAGCCCUGAGAAGGAGGAGGAAGAGGGGGAGAAGGAGGACGACGAGCAGGAGAAAGAGAAGGAGGAGGGGGAGGAAGAGGAGAAGGAGGAAGAGGUGCCGGCUCCCUGUCCUCUGACGGAGGAAGUCCUGAAGGAGGGCCUGUCUCUCCUCAGUAAGACGGGCAACGGGCUGGCCCACACCUACGUGAAGUUUGAAGCCAAAGGAAAGAACUUGACAGACAUCAGCCUGCUCAAAAGCUUCAUUCACCUGCGGUAUGUGGAUUUGUCAGAGAACAAGCUGCAAGAUUUGUCUCCACUGAGCAGUCUAACAGAGCUGCUUUGGCUGAAGGUGGAUGGGAACCUGCUCACCAGUGCCUGCAUGCAGGAGCUGUCCUAUCUCCAGGUCAUCAGCUUUGAUCGCAACCGCAUCAAGGAUAUGGAAGGCAUUACUCAUCCCCGCUUAGCCACCCUCAGCCUGAAAGAAAAUAAAAUCCAGACAAUGCUGGGCCUGAGUAAGGACCAGUUGUUCAGCCUGGAAGUCCUGGAGCUGCGAGGAAACAAACUAAAGACCACAGCAGGGCUCAGUCUUCCCAAGCUCAAGAAACUCUAUCUGGCCCAGACCAACAUCCGCAGCCUUGAAGGCCUCGAGGGGCUUGAGCAGCUGGAGACUCUGCACCUGCGUGACAACAAGCUGGAGACCCUGGAUGGAUUCUUCAGUAGCAUGAAGUGCCUGCAGUAUAUCAAUCUACGGAACAAUGGGAUCAGUAGCUUUCAGGAAGUGGAAAAACUGCAGGUUCUUCCCAUGCUGCAGGCACUGGUGCUGUUGGACAAUCCAUGUGCUGAUGAACCCAAUUACCGGCUGGAGGUCCUUGCCCUACUGCCACACCUGCAACGCCUUGACAAGGAAGUAGUUGAGCAAGAUGAGCGGGAAGAGGCGAUGAAAAUUCGUCAGACAAGGCAGGAAGAAAAAGAAAAGGAAAUGGAAGGAUCUCUCAAGGACGAUGCGUCUCUUCAGGAAAUGGAAGAAUCGCAAGAGGAUGGUGUGACUGAGUGACCUCUGUUUUUAACACCUGUUCCCAGAGACUGUCAGGAUGUGGAGAUGCCUUUCCCUGCAUGUGCGGGUGGGAACGCAAGAGCUGUAGGUACCAGCUUCACCUCAUUUUACCUCUGGACAAAAGAGGAGGGCUCCCCACCCUGGUCCUGGAAGCUGCCCUGAGGCACUGCAGUGUUUUUGCAGUCGCUGCACUGAUAUGUUCUAUUCUUGGUAGGCCCAAGAGGGAAAAUGGGAGAGUUAUAGGUUCUGUGGUUCGAUGUAUGGCUCCCAAAAAUCCUGCAAGAUUUUCUGAUUUGAAUAAAAAUAAUUAAUGAGCCUGGA